UAUACAGCAAAUCUGAGUCAAAACCAACUACACUUCAGAGAACACAAGAAAUGAGAGGAGCGAUCAGACUUGCACAAAAGGAGAAACAUUUUUAGAAUUUCUAGAACUUUUUGAACAAGGAAUUUCAAACUAACUUGAAAAAACAAAACAAGGAGUGCAUGUUGAGUUAGACAAAAGCUACGAAAAGAAGAGGCCUAUUGGAGUCACACCAUUGGAUCAGGAUGAGCAUGAAUGGCACUCUGGAGAAGGGGGCUCAUCACCAGGCCCUCGACCUCUCUGAAGAGCUCCCGACCAACAGCCAUAAUCACCAUCACAAUCACACCAGUCUCAAACACACAAACUCCUUGGCCUCCACUGUGCAAGCCAGGACCCCAGUAGGUGGGUCUGGAGUGGUUGUGCCGCCACCUUACUCUGCUGCAGAGGCUGGGAGAGGUGAAGCUCCGCUGGAGCUCCGGGGCUCUCUGGACUGCUGGGCGUGUUCAGUACUUGUGACAGCACAGAACCUGGUGAUCGCAGCCAUCAACGCCUGCCUGGCAGGGUUGGUUUUCGGGCUCAUCCUCACUCCUGCUAUUGUCAUGGUGGUGUUCGGCUUCAUCUGUCAUUCAACGGUGCGUUCACAGGGGUCAUCACUGUACUGCUCGGAUCUACUGAAUGAUGGUGGAUGUGUGGCUCUGCUGGUUGUGGGAUUCUUGCUAGUGACUCCACUCCUGGUUCUGGCCUUGGCUGCAUACUGCCGGCUUGCUCGUCACCUUCAGCUGGGUCUCUGUUUUAUUCCAUACAGUCGUGCCGUCUACAAGAACCUUCCAGCUACCCAGCACAGAGGCUUGACAGGGGGCUGCUGUGGACAGCAAUCUGGGAAAGGAGAAAGGAAGGGGAAAGUGUGGGUGUAGAAAGAAGAACUAUACUCAUGUUGUACUGGAGAGAUGGAAAAAAAAAAUAAUAAUUCCCAAAUAAAAAUACUGAAAUCUUUAUGACAGACAAAGGCAGGCAAAAUAACCGAUUUACAAAUUUUAAAGCCAUAUACAGCAUCUUUGUCUGAUCCUAUAUAUUUAAUGUGUUCCUGUGGAUUAAUUCCCAGUGAACACACAUACUGUUAAAAAAAUAAAAUUGUAUAGCCUGAAUGCACAGUAGGUCACUUUGGAUUAUCUACUACAUGCAUAAAUGUCCUACAACUGUUAUAGCACAAUCAAUUUAAAUUAGUCAAUUUCAGUACUCAACAUUCAUGAAAUAAUCAAAUUCAUAUAUCCAUAAAUGAUGUCUACGUAAACCUAUUUGUAUAAAAACUAUUCGCCCUACAUUUGUCUUAAGACAUUGUCAAAAAUAUUUUGUUAAAUGUUUUUCUUAUAACAUGUACAGUGUAUUUUCCAUUUCUUUAAAUGCUACAUUUAAUACAAAUCAUUAACUACUGCAAUUUCAAGGAACUGAUGGGCUGCUCUCCUAAUUUUGUAAAAAAUUUAUUUAGACAAAAAUGUGUGUGUAAUUUGCAUUGCGUGAUGUAAGUUUUCGCACCUUGCAUGUAUUAAAAUUCAUGCGCAUACUUAACAGAAUACUCUAAUAAAAUGUUAAAGUUU